GCUCCAGUUGCGCGCGCGACGGUCACAUUUCACAUCCUCCAUUUGAAUUGUAUACCAUGUCGCUUAACACUUUCAAAGAGACCUUGAAGCGCUGCUCAAACGUCUCCGCAAUUCAACCCCCUUCUUCUUUUUCUUCAAUUUCUGAUUCCAAUGUGAAUCCUUCCCAACCCCGCAGAAUCCCCCCCAAAACCUCCAUUGCUCAGCAACUCCUUCGCCUCCAACAACCUUUCUCUCCUCCCCUCAAAUUGCGCACCAAUCCACCCCAACAACAACAACAACAACAGCCGCAAUCGCAGCCGGAGCUACUUGACAGCAAAGGCCCUAACAAACUAUCAUUGAUACAAGAGAAGCGAAGGUUUGAAGUUAAAGGCAGUGAUGAUGAAGAGGAAGAGAUUGAUCAACGAGGGUUUGCGAAACCCAGAUUGGAUGUUCUUCAGUUGGGUGAAACCGGGCCGUAUGAGCCGCUUGUUUUAUCGUCUGCUGGCGAAAUUCCGGUGAUUCAGGUCCCUGCAUCCAUCAAUUGUAGGCUUUUGGAGCACCAAAGGGAGGGAGUUAAAUUUUUGUACCAGUUGUACAAGAAUAACCAUGGAGGGAUCCUUGGAGAUGACAUGGGAUUGGGAAAGACCAUUCAAACAAUUGCAUUUUUGGCUGCUGUGUAUGGAAAAGAUGGAGAUUCUGUCAACCCUCCAGCUGCAGAAAGAAAUCAGAAAAGUCCUGUAUUGAUUAUUGGUCCAGCAUCAGUUUUACAAAAUUGGGAGAGUGAAUUCUCCAAUUGGGCUAAUUUCCGUGUUGCUAUAUGCCAUGGUCCAAAUCGUGACUUAAUUCUUGAUAAAGCAGAGGCUCAGGAACUUGAAAUAUUGAUAACAAGUUUUGAUACCUUUAGGAUCUAUGGAAAUACUAUCUCAGAGGUUAUGUGGGAUAUUGUAAUUGUUGAUGAGGCACAUCGGCUGAAAAAUGAGAAGUCAAAACUAUACACUGCUUGUCUCGGUAUUAAAACUAAGAGAAGGUAUGGUCUGACGGGGACAGUGAUGCAGAAUAAAAUCAUGGAGCUUUUCAAUUUAUUUGAUUGGGUCUCACCUGGGUCUUUGGGAACCCGUGAGCAUUUCCGUGAUUUUUAUGAUGAACCUCUCAAACUUGGACAGAGGUCUAGUGCUCAUGAUAAGUUUGUGCAAGUUGCUGAAGAGCGUAGGCAGCAUCUUGUUUCGCUGCUUAAUAACUACUUAUUAAGGAGAACAAAGGAGGAGACUAUUGGAAAUCUUAUGUUGGGAAAAGAAGAUAAUAUUGUCUUUUGUGAAAUGAGUGCAUUGCAGAAAAGAGCUUACAAGAGGAUGUUGCAGCAACCGGAGAUUCGAUGUCUUAUGAACAAGGACCUUCCUUGCUCAUGUGGGAGCCCACUUACUCAAGGGGAAUGUCAUAAUAGGAUAAUACCUGAUGGAAUCAUAUGGAGAUAUCUUCAUAAAGAUAGCCCUGAUGGCUGUAACUGGUGUCCCAAUUGCCUCAUUCUUCCCUGUAUUCUCAAGCUUCAGCAGAUUAGCAAUCAUCUCGAGCUUAUCAAACCAAACCCAAAAGAUGACCUGGACAAACAAAAGAAAGAUGCUGAUUUGGCUAAAGAAGUUUAUGGUAUUGAUAUUGAUUUGGUAGGUGGAAGCGCUCAAAACGAAAGCUUUAUGGGCCUUAGUGAGGCCAAGGAUUGUGGGAAAAUGAGAGUCCUUGAAAGAUUUAUGGCUUCUUGGCUUUCACAUGGCGACAAAGUUCUUUUGUUCAGUCAUUCCGUUAGGAUGCUAGAUAUCUUGGAAAAGUUUCUUACACGGAAAGGUUAUUGCUUUUUAAGACUUGAUGGCUCUACACCGACUGGGCUGCGCCAGUCUCUUGUUAAUGAUUUCAACUCAAGUCCAAGCAAGCAGGUGUUCCUUGUGUCUACUCGAGCUGGUGGACUUGGGCUUAAUCUAGUUAGCGCUAACCGAGUAGUGAUAUUUGAUCCUAAUUGGAAUCCAUCACAUGACCUGCAGGCCCAAGACAGAUCAUUUCGUUUGGGCCAGAAGAGGCAUGUUGUUGUUUUCCGCCUUAUCGCUGCUGGUUCUCUUGAGGAACUUGUGUAUACUCGCCAAGUAUACAAACAGCAGUUAUCAAACAUUGCUGUUUCUGGAAAGAUGGAAAAGCGGUAUUUUGAAGGUGUUCAGGACCACAAACAAUUUCAAGGUGAGCUUUUUGGAAUAGGUAAUCUCUUUCGAGAUCUUUCUGACAAGUUAUUCACCAGUGAGAUCAUUGAGGAGCAUGAAAAGCAUGGACACGAAACUAUGGUUCAAGAGAGUGUGAAUAAUCUAGGGGAGCAUUUUGUCCAACCGACAGAAGCAGGUGAAUCAUCUCUAUCUGAAUGUAGGGUGAAAAAACCAGGUAUCUCAGAGAGCACUACAGCAAAGCCACUGCUUGAGGAAUUGGGUAUCUUAUAUUCUCAUCGCAAUGAAGAUAUAGUUAACUUUGGACCUGGAAUGAGAGUCAGUAAAACAGACCAAGCGGCUCCCACUGUUGAUCUGAAGGAUCUUCAUAUCCGUCCUAUUAGAGUUAAACAACCGAGUAGUGUGUCAGAUAAGAAGCUUUAUUCCAGAGAAAAUAAAAAGAGACAGUUUAGUCUAAUUGCGCAAUUCAUGGGUAUGACAAUAAUGGAAUUCAGUAGGUGGGUGAUAUCUGCUGCUCCUUUUGAUCGAGAAGAAGUGCUUCGUGACUACAAGAGAAGAAGAUAGGAGAAGAUAUCCAGAGCUUAAUGUCACUCUUUUCUCUAAUCAACCUGCACAGCUGCGUAAAUAUUGUGAGUAUUCUGUGGUAUAGAUAUGAAGCCAGAUUGCUGAAAAUUAUUACAAAUCUGUCUGUAGCCCGUUAGGAUUAUUGUUAUUUUAGAUAUCUUAAGAGUAGCAAUGUGGAGCAUUGUUCACUUUAAUUCGGUGUCGUGGUCUCAUAUUAAGCAGGAGGGCAACUUUGUCGCACACCACUUAGCUAGGCUUGUUCCAUUUGGGGUAGAGCAAAUGUGGGUGAACCAUUAUCCCAUGAAUUAUCUCCUUAUGUACUCAUGGACUAUUUAUUAUUGAAAUAAUAUUUGAUAGCCAAAAAAAAAAAAAAAAAAAAAAAGAAAGAACAUCCAAGCAUUUUAAAUAACUGAAACAACCCAAACUCAAGAAUCCUUUUGUAAAUGGUUUAGUGAAUGAGCUCUUCUUCCCCUUUAGUUGUUUUUCAACCUUUAUAGCCACUUUACGAACAUCUUCAAAGGACCAAUAUUGUUGCAAUUCAACCCUUUCCGCAAUAUUAUCAUUCAAUCCCAAAAUAAAACGAGCUAUCAUAUGCUCAACAAUUUCUUCUAAACCACAUAGCAUGCAUAACUUCUCAAAUUCAACAAUAUAUUUCUCAACAUUCAAGGAAGU